AUGCUAUCUACGAUUGUCUUCGCCCAUCGUGGGAACAUGCCUCUACGCAAAUUCAUGGUGCCCCUAGGAUCGCUUGACUAUGGGUUCAUAAUUUCAAUAAUCCUUGAAUCUUUUAUCCCAAAUGGGACGAUAGCUCAGUUGGGAGAGCGUGCGACUGAAGUUCGCAAGGUCGCUGGUUCGAUCCCGGCUCGUCCCAUUAUGUUUUUGGUAUUUCUUCGUCCACAGCGG